AUGAAACUCCGAACGGUGCGGCUAGCGGUAGUGCAAUUCGUUGUUGUACUUACGGUGGUUGAGGCAUUCCUCGACGCUCCCAUCAACAAUUUGCGUUCGAAUUUUGGUGCAAGGAGUAGUGAUGGAGAAUGUCGAUUGUAUGAUGAGGCGGAUUAUUGCCAACAGUUGAUCGUCGACAGCACCUCAAAUAUUGCAGCCGUUUCGGUGAAGUGUAAAUGUCCGAGUGGAUACAGAUGUCCCGAUGAUCCGGAAGACACCCGGCUGGCGCUACACUGUCUCUACGAUGAAAGCCGGGAUUGGCACCGGUGUCUAAUGCGUUGCGUGCCCGAGGAAGAG